AUGCCAGUUUUUCAAGAGUCGUGCGCAGAGCAAAUUCAAGCGCAAACAAUUGUUAUAAUCCAUCCUGGGUCUAUGUACCUCAGGAUGGGACGAGCAUCUGACUUGAAUCCUUGUACUAUUUUAAACGCUGUUGCCCGAAGGCGUUUGCCAGGAGGAUUAGAGUAUAAAGACAGUUUAUUACCAUCUGCUGUACCACGGACAAAGGAGCUGACACAAGCAAUGGAAGAAUCACGUUUGCAGGUGUCUCACACAUUACAAUCUUGUCUUCAAUCUGAUGGAAGAAGAAGAUAUGCUACACCACCCCAACAAAUAGCUGCCUUUAACCGUAGAUCAAACCCAGAAAUAUCCUCCCCAUGUAGCGUUGAAUGGAUAAAAACAGAUAAAGAUGUUAUAGUCGGGGACGAUGUAUUAUCGUUAAAUCCAGACGAUAAUUUUAACAUUCAUUUUCCAUAUAGAAGGGGAGAGCUUAAUGUUCAUUCUGGACCUGGUGGUAGUCUGAGGUCUGUUAUGGCUGACUUAAAAACCAUUUGGGAGUAUGUUCUUACAGAAAAGAUGGACAUUCCUUUAAGAGAUCUGAAACAUUAUCGAGCUGUCCUUAUAAUACCAGAUAUUUAUAACAGACAGUAUUUAAAAGAACUAACAACUUUGAUGCUCUGUGAUAUUGGAUUUGGAGCCUGUUUUUUAUUACAAGAUCAUGUAGCAGCUACGUUCGGCGCAGGAUUAGGAUAUGCAUGUGUGGUUGACGUUGGAGAUCAAAAAACGUCAGUUUCUUGUGUAGAAGAUGGAAUUUCUCAUCGAAAUACCAGAGUGCGAAUGGAUUACGGAGGAGGAGAUAUCACACAAACCUUUUUUUGGUUGCUCCAGAAAUGCGCCUUUCCGUACAAAGCGUGUGAUCCUUCUAAUAAAUUGGAUGCGUUACUCUUGAGCCAAUUGAAAAAAGAUUUUUGCCACGUCGAUUUAAAUGUAUGUGGUUCUCAAGAGAAGACAUUUGUAGUUAGGAAACCCAAACAACAAACUGAGAAAUAUACUCUUCAAGUUGGCGACGAGUGUUUGGUGGCACCUUUAAGUUUGUUUCAGCCAGAAUUAUUUAAAGUUACUGGAACACAUAAUGUACAUAUCCAAAAGAGAUCCAUGGGAGAUCCAGAAGAUCCACACGAUGAAAACUACUUACGUGAAACCAGUAGAAGAGGCAUGAAAGAAAAUCUUGAACAAACUUCUGAAAUGCAAGAGGAAGCAACUGCUCCAACAGCACCAGGGGAAGAAGAAGUGGUCGUAGAUGCUGUUGAUUCUGCGCCGAUUACCUUAUCGAAUCGCGAUUUGGAUGCUCCACGUGAUUUCAUAGUAGGACCACAGCAACUUUUGGGUCUUGAUCAUGCAGUACUCCAAAGUAUUGAUCGCUGUUCUACAGAGGAUCUGAAAAGAAAAAUGUAUAGUUGCGUGCUCGUUGUCGGUUCUGGUAUGAAGUUCCAAGGUAUAGGUAUGUGGCUGCACAAUCGGAUUUCUCUUCAGAUUCCCUACAUGUACAGAGCUGAACAAUUAGACAUCAUAACACAACCUAAAGAGAUGGACCCAGGUAUGACAGCAUGGAAGGGCGCCGCAAUUUUGAGCUGUUUAGAAUCUGCUCAAGAAUUAUGGAUUGGCCGGCAAGAAUGGGAACGUACCGGUGUUAGAGUAUUAAGAGAAAGAGCGCCAUUUAUGUGGUGA